GUAAUGCGUAGUUAAGAACGGCACAGCAACGGUAGAAAUCCCACGCUCGUACACUCAGCUCUGUCGCACGAACAGGUUCCCAGAGCCAGACGCAGGAACGGCACUGGCCAGCACACACCCACACCUGACGCACAAACAGGCGGUGCUGGGGGCGGACGUGGUCACCGCCGACGGGGUCUACGGUCCGCGGACGCGCGCAGCGGUGCAGCGGUUCUUGAGGAGCACUCGCGGCGAGGAGGCGCAGACGGAGGUGCUCGACGACGCUGCACAAGCGACCCUGCGCGACCUCCACCUCUCGCGCCUCGAGGCGGAGUCGCUCGCCGCCGCGUCGUCGUCCGCCCGCGCUGCCGGCUCGGAGGAGGAGGAGGCGGCGAGCGUGCGGCAGCAGCAGGUGAGGGUGAUGCAGCUUGCGUUGCGGCAGGUUCUGCCGCGCGACGUGGGCGUCGUCGUCGACGGCGUCUACGCCGAGCGCACGCGUGCAGCAGUCGUCCUGUUCCAGGAGACGUACGGCUUGCCAGUCGGUGGCGAGAUUGGCGAGCAGUUGCACACGGUCAUGUCUGUCCUGCGGCACGGAGACGACCCACAGCGCAAGGCCGUCUGUCUCGAGCUCGAUCGGAGGCGCGAACGGGAUCGGAGGCGCACGGAGGAGGCCGAGCAGGAGCUGGAGUUGGCCAGCGCCGGGCGCGACCCCGCCGACGGCUUUUGAUUCAAAUUUAAGUGUACGCGUGCGUUCCCGUCGGUUUCCCAUUUGAGUCCGGACAAUGUGACAUAUAGACAUUAGACUUUUAAGAGCUC